AUGUCAGUCAACGCACAGGUGAUCCAAGAUGAUCAUGAGCUGCACAGCAUCACCAAAGCCGCGUAUACGCGCCUGCCACGCGAGGUACGCGACAUGAUCUUAUCUCGCAUUCUCACGCAAGACUAUCGAGAAACAAUCUACGUCCAGCAGUUCCGCGAGGAAUUCAAGGAAUUCAAGGAAUUCCACGGCCGCUUUUAUGGGGAUAACACAAUAGCCUGGGUAGAGUACAGCUCACCUAAGCGUUGGGAGCCGCCCUGGAUUUCGCACUUUUACCCACCUUUCGCAGCGGAGAUGAUUGACGUACUCUACGAAAAGUACCCGCACUUCAAGAUCACUACGCCGACCAAGCUCCCAGAAUUUCUCAGCGCGGACAUGUUCGGAGCGGGACGUACUCCACGCGAUGCAAAGCUUCCUAAUUUAACUAUCAAGGGAUCAUUGGAUAAAGGAAGCUCCGACUCUGUCAGCGUCAAAACACUUGCAUCCGAUUUGAAAGCCCUUUCGGACUGCAACUGGACCCCAAACUUCCGACUCGACAUCACCUUCCGCACCGAGCUAGGCAUCGAAAUCUUCAAAGCCAGAGCCAUACCUCGUGUGGCACGGAAAAUACACAAGAUCUGCAAAAUAAUGCGCGUCCGGGACAAGUCCACAGUUCGAAUCGUCCGGGAUACACGAGGUAUGGAGGCUUAG